UUGAAGAUGAAGCAGUCUGUGGGAGUCAUUAUCACACCUGCUGAAACCGGUUUUGUACCUGAUCACUUUCUAUCCAGGGGCCUGGGCCGUAGCAACCGGUGGCACCCAGGGCGCAGCAUAAUUUCCUGUUCCUCACACACAGAGGGUGGAUGCCUCACCAGUUCCAGGGUUUCCCGGUCUACUCUUGUGAAUGGUGCAGGAAAAACACCAGAAUUGCCUAGGUACAGGAGGCCGCCAUCUUGGACACCCAAAGUUGUGCGGAGAAGAAAAGCUGACAGGAGUCCUGAUUGGUCAUUAACAGAAAAUCUUUGUGGUGGAAUUUGACAGUGAAAUAUAAGUGAUAAAAAUUAUAUGUGACAUAACAGAAUGUGUAAAAAGAUAUAGGACUUAUAAAGGAAGACUUGAGAUGAGGGGUGAUAUUUUGCUGGACACUUUCAUUCAGUGCGGAUCUAUACCAGUUGUAAACAGGCCAAAAUUCAAAGGAAAAGUGCCGCGGCACAGUAUAUUUUUCGUGGUGGAAUUUUGAAGAAGAGGUGUUGAACUUUGCUGCACAGUGACUGAUUUUUAGAAAAUUGAAUCUAUAAAUAAGUG